UUCCUUAUCACACCCACUCCUCUCUGUAUCUCUUUUCUUUCACCAAGUGGCUGAGAGCUCCAUUUCAAAAGUCCUAUGGUUAAGCAUUCUUCAUUAUCCAACUUCCGAAAAACUUCACUCUCGUUUCUGUGCUGUUUUUAGCUUGUAUUUUUUAUGGUUUUUACACAUAUUUGGAGUAAAGUCUCUUGUCAAUUUGGUCUGCAAUCAUCCCGAGAAUUUCGAUAGUACAUUAAAGACCCUUGGAAUUUCAGAAUUCCUCCGUGUCUUCUGCUUCUGCUACUUGGUCGAUUCAAAGAGCUUAAUCAGUUCAUCCAACCAGCUCAAAAAUGGCUCCAAGGAACAGUCGCGGCAAGGCUAAAGGUGAAAAGAAGAAGAAGGAAGAGAAAAUUCUGCCGGUUGUAAUGGACAUCACCAUAAACCUUCCCGACGAAACUCGCGUUAUUUUAAAGUUACAAGUCAGCGACACCAACUUUUUGAUGGGAAUAUCAACGGACAGGAUCAUAGAUGUUCGUCGGUUGCUCUCUGUAUACACCGACACUUGCAGUAUCACAAAUUUUUCGUUGUCUCAUGAGGUUCGCGGGCCACGGUUAAAGGACACUGUCGACGUGUCAGCAUUAAAGCCCUGCGCCCUCACUUUGACUGAAGAGGAUUACGAUGAGGAACGGGCAGUGGCGCACGUUAGACGAUUGCUGGACAUCGUUGCGUGUACGACGUGCUUUGGGCCGUCCGGUACGACCAAGGACGGCGCAAAGUCAGACGUGGCGAAGAAUGCUGUGGACAUUAAAAGUGCGAAGAAAACCACCGCGAAACCCAGUAAUGACAAGCAAUCGCCACCACCGACAUCAUCAAAAAUUUCAAAAUCGCCGUCGUCAAGUGACGAUUUUGUCGGCGGAGACGGGGAGAUGAGCCAUUCCUACCCUAGACUCGGCAGUUUUUAUGAGUUCUUCUCUCUUUCUCACCUCACUCCUCCUCUUCAAUUUAUAAGGAGGGCAAAUAAAAGACAUCUUGAAGACGUUUCAACUGAUGAUCAUAUUUUAUCACUUGAUGUGAAGCUUUGCAAUGGGAAAUUGGUUCAUGUUGAAGCUUGUAAGAAGGGUUUCUAUAGUGCUGGAAAGCACCGGCUUCUCUGCCACAAUCUUGUUGAUUUGUUGCGGCAGCUUAGCCGAGCCUUUGAUAAUGCUUAUGAUGAUCUCAUGAAAGGAUUCGCGGAGCGUAAUAGGUUUGGGAAUCUUCCUUAUGGUUUCAGAGCAAACACGUGGCUCAUCCCUCCUAUUGCAGCUCAAUUUCCAUCAGUUUUCCCUUCUCUUCCUACAGAAGAUGAAGCAUGGGGAGGAAAUGGAGGUGGUCUAGGGAGAGAUGGAAAAAGUGAUUUGAUACCUUGGGCUUAUGAGUUUUCGUCUCUUUCAUCUAUGGCUUGCAAGACAGCAGAAGACAGGCAAAUACGAGAUAGGAAGGCAUUUCUUCUUCAUAGUUUAUUUGUUGAUGUUGCUAUUUUAAGAGCAAUCAAGGCAGUGCAGGAGGUUAUGAGAAGAUCGGAUCUAACCUGUUCAACUAACAGUGAUUUUCUAUAUACGGAGAAAAUUGGAGAUUUGAGCAUCAUGGUUAUGAAAAGUGCAACCAAUGCAAGCUUUAAAGUGGACACCAAGAUUGAUGGAACUCGAGCAACUGGAGUGGAUAGAAAGAAUUUAGUAGGAAGAAAUCUUCUGAAAGGGAUCACUGCUGACGAAAAUACUGCUGCACAUGAUGUUGCUACCCUUGGUGUUGUUAAUGUAAGAUAUUGUGGCUAUGUAGCUAUUGUGAAAGUUGAUGAGAGAGGGAACAAAAAAGUUGGUCCACUACCUCAAAGCUUUGAACUUGAACAGCCUGAAGGUGGCGCUAAUGCCCUUAAUAUCAACAGUUUAAGAUUACUUCUUCACAAAUCAACACCAUUGGAAGAGAAUAAAAUGGCGCCACACGUGCAAAAUUUGGAAUGUGAAGAACUUAAUGCUUCCCAAGCAUUUGUGGAGAGAUUGCUAAAAGAGAGUAUCGCUAAACUUCAGGAAGAGGAACCAGAGCAGGACCAGUUUGUGAGAUGGGAACUUGGAGCCUGCUGGAUACAGCAUUUGCAAGACCAAAAAAAUGCAGAAAAAGACAAGAAACCAGCAAAUGAGAAGGCUAAGAAUGAAAUGAAGGUUGAAGGGCUCGGAACACCUCUUAGGUCCCUUAAGAACGAUAAGAAAAAAUUGGAUGGAAGAAAUCAGAAAAUUCAGACUGAAAAUUUGACAUCCCAUGCAGAUGGAGUUACUGACGAAUCUGAAUAUUCUGCUAAAGCUUCUAUAGAAGCUCAGCUUGAAACCUGCACCAAAUAUAAUGAGCUUACACUUAAAGGCAUGUUGUCUGAUAAGGCAUUUGCUCGACUAAAAGAAUCUGAAACUGGACUUCAUCGUAAGUCUUUGCCGGAAUUAGUUGAUCUGUCCAACAAAUAUUACAUUGAAGUUGCUCUACCAAAACUGGUAGCAGACUUUGGUUCUCUUGAACUUUCACCUGUUGAUGGCCGGACUCUAACAGACUUCAUGCACACUAGAGGCCUUCGGAUGCGUUCUCUGGGACAAAUUGUGAAGCUUUCAGAAAAAUUGUCACAUGUACAAUCACUCUGUAUCCAUGAGAUGAUAGUUCGAGCCUUUAAGCACAUUCUUCAGGCCGUUAUUUCCGCUGUUGGUAAUACUGAGAAAAUGGCUGUAUCUAUAGCUGCUGCACUUAAUCUUCUGCUGGGUGUUCCUGAAAAAGAAGAACUAAAUAAAUCUCAUAAUGUCCAUUCCCUUGUGCGGAGAUGGUUGGAGGUUUUCUUGAUGAAGCGAUAUGAAUGGGAUCUUAAUAGCUUAAGUGACAAUGAUGUUCGAAAAUUUGCAAUCCUACGGGGAUUAUGUCACAAGGUGGGCAUUGAGUUGGUUUCAAGGGAUUUUGAUAUGGAUUCUCCAAGUCCAUUCCGGAAAACAGAUAUUGUUGGCCUGGUACCUGUGCAUAAGCAAGCAGCAUGCUCAUCUGCAGAUGGAAGGCAACUCCUGGAAUUGUCAAAAACAGCUUUGGAUAAGGGAAAACUUGAAGAUGCAGUUACCUAUGGAACAAAGGCCCUUGCAAAGCUAGUAGCAGUUUGUGGUCCCUACCAUCGAAUGACUGCAGGUGCUUACAGCCUCCUUGCUGUAGUCUUGUAUCACACUGGAGACUUUAAUCAGGCAACAAUUUAUCAGCAAAAAGCUUUGGAUAUCAACGAGAGAGAACUGGGGCUUGAUCAUCCUGAUACGAUGAAGAGUUAUGGGGAUCUUGCUGUGUUCUAUUAUAGACUUCAGCACACAGAGCUGGCUCUCAAGUAUGUUAAGCGUGCACUGUACCUUUUGCAUCUCACUUGUGGCCCGUCUCAUCCUAACACUGCUGCAACAUACAUCAAUGUGGCCAUGAUGGAAGAAGGACUUGGGAAUGUGCAUGUUGCCCUCAGAUAUCUUCACAAAGCUCUGAAGUGUAAUCAAAGGUUACUUGGUCCAGAUCACAUACAGACCGCAGCAAGUUACCAUGCAAUUGCAAUUGCACUCUCAUUGAUGGAGGCAUACCCUUUGAGUGUUCAACAUGAACAAACAACCUUGCAAAUUCUUCGAGUGAAGCUGGGCCCAGAUGAUCUCCGUACACAGGAUGCUGCUGCUUGGCUUGAGUAUUUUGAGUCGAAGGCUUUUGAACAGCAAGAAGCUGCACGAAAUGGUACUCGGAAGCCUGAUGCAUCCAUAGCCAGCAAAGGUCACCUAAGUGUAUCAGAUUUACUUGACUACAUUAAUCCUAGUCAUGAUGCCAAGGGAAGAGAUGUCUCAGCCAUAAAGAGAAAGAACUAUAUUACAAAGGUGAAGGGAAAAUCAUUCCCAGAUAUCAAUAUCACAGGUUCUGAUGAAUCUCUCAAAGAAGAUCUGAAAGAAAAUUCAGCUGAUGAGACACAUGUACCUGAACCUGGAGGUGAUGUGGAAGUUAAACAGGAGAUUAGCUCUGUACCAUUUCAGCAGCAGCAGCUUGUGGAGGAAGUGACUGCAAAGGAAAAUUUAAAUGUUGCCGAGGAAAUUUUAUCUGAAACACAUGAUGGAGGAGAUGAUGGAUGGCAACCGGUUCAGAGGCCCAGAUCUGCUGGCUCACAUGGACGUAGGAUAAAGCAGCGGCGAGCGACACUUGGCAAGGUUUAUAGUUAUCAGAAAAGGAGUAUGGAUGCAGUUGUUGACUAUCCAUCAGUCAAGACUACUCAUCAGAACAGUAGGUAUUAUCUUUUAAAGAAACGGACAAUAUCCCAUGGAAGUUCUGUGGAUCACACUCUGAAUUCUUCACAAGGUACCAAAUUUGGUUGUAGAGUAGUUAAGGCUGUAACAUACAGGGUAAAGUCCACUGCUUCAUCUAUCAAAAUGGAUACAAAAGAAAAUUCUAGAAAUGGUGGCAAGCUCUUAAGUUCUCCACCAGAAUCUUGGCCCACUUCUGUACCAAAUGAUCUCAGUUUGAUGAAAAAAUCAAUUAUCAGUCUUGGAAAAUCUCCUUCUUACAAGGAAGUGGCAUUGGCCCCACCAGGUUCCAUUGCAAUGUUGCAUGUAAGAGCUUCCCAAAGUGAUAUUCCAGAUAAUCAGGAAUUCAGUGUUGAGAGAUGUGGAGAUGAAGGGAAUGAAGGAAAAAAUUCUGUUGAUACUCUUGUUACUAGCAUAGAAAACCUCAUUGAAGAGAAGAAUGGAAAUUCUAUAUCGGAAUCAACUGAUAACUCAAAAGAGGAAAUUGGCAAUGUUGAAAAGAGGGAAGAAACUCAAAUUAACACUAUGGUGGAAGAUAAUCCUUCUUUGAUGGCGGCUAAGAAUGUGGAAGAACUUCAUUCUGGUGUUGAGGUUCAUGAAGUUGCACAAGAUACCAUAUUGAUUGAUGGGGAACAAACUCAGAUAAAUGAUGUGGUGGAAGAUAAUCCUUCUUUGAUGGUGUCUAAGAAUGUAGAAGAACUUCAUUCUGAUGUUGUUGAGGUUCAUGAAGUUGCACAGGAUACCAUAUUGAUUGAUGGUAUGCCCAAUUCAAUUGAUUCUCCUCCAAGGGAGUUUUAUGAGAAUGAUUCAUCCAGAAGUUUUGAAUCCCCUGAUCCUGAUAAUUCAAAUCCUGACUUGCAAGUAUUACAGGAUUUGAAGGACAAACCUUCAGCCAUGAAUUUAGAUGAUACUCGAGGAUUACCGAACAGGAAAUUGUCUGCAGCAGCAGCACCAUUCAACCCAUCACCAGGUGUUGCUCGUUUACCAGUAGCAAUAAACAUGACUAUGCCUCCUGGUCCUGGUGAGGCUCCUGCUGUUGCCCCUUGGCCUGUAAACAUAACUCUUCAUCCAGGGCCUGCUACUGUCUUACACACAGUUAACCCGAUGUGCUCUUCCCCACACCAUCCAUAUCCAUCGCCUCCUCCAACUCCUAACAUGAUGCAGCCAUUGCCUUUUAUGUACCCUCCUUAUUCACAGCCUCAAGCAGUGUCUACUGGUACCUUUCAUCACAAUCAUUUCUCAUGGCCAUGCAAUGUGAACCCCAGUGUAUCAGACUUUAUUCCUGGAACAUUUUGGCCCAGCUGCCACCCUGUGGAGUUUUCUGUUCCACCAGCUAUUGUUGAGCCAACUGUUGAUCCAAUAUUGAAGCCAAAAUUGCAACCUGAUGACUCUACAAGUUCAAUGCCAAUCCUGCCAGUGGAUAUUGAUGCUGUGGAAGAAGCUAAGAAAGAAGUGAACAUUCAAACAUCUAAAGAAGUGGAUAAUGCGAAUGAAGUUGUUGAGAUUGAUUUGGAAAGUCUAAAGGAAAAUGGUCAUUCAAAGCUAAGUGGGAUUGAGAAUUCCAGGAAUGGGCCAAUGCAUCAUUUCAACAGUCCAAACGAAAGUUCUGGAAGUACUGUUGAAAGAAGAACUGAAGGCGAGAAAACCUUCAGCAUUUUAAUAAGGGGAAGACGGAACCGAAAACAAACUUUGAGAAUGCCAAUUAGUUUGCUUAAUCGACCAUAUGGCUCACAGUCCUUCAAAGUUUUAAAUAACAGGGUAGUCAGAGGGAGUGAAUCUCCAAAGUCAACCAGCUUUUCUUCAACUGAAGAUUCUUCUGCUAGUGCUAUAUAGUUAGAUUUGUUUUCUUACAAGGCUAGUUUAGCAGGUGCAUUGGGGAAAAAAAGUUGCAAGCCUUCAUUCUAUCAUGAAAGGGACACAAGUUUUCUCUAUUUCUCGUUUUUCCUUUUUUCUGGCAUUCAUCUUUACAAAUUGCCUUGCCUCAUCAGUUUUAUGAUUAGACCACCUUCUGAAAUGUUGCAGGCCAGUAUACUUAAUUGAAGCAUAUUCAAAUAUGUAUUGCUUCUUUUCCA